CAUAACAUAAACAUAACACACACAAAAUUCACUGUCCAUUAUUUUAUUAUGAUCGUAAUAUACGGCCGGAGCAUAUCAUAUUAUUAUUACUAUAACUGUUAUUCAUGUUGCUUUAUUAAUGAUUAGACCUUAUCAUCAGUUUGGUAAUGGCAAUGAAGGGUCGAGUCGAGUUGGAUUCUUGCCUUGAUUGUGAUUUCUUUUUCCUGGCAUGGUUUGAGCGUACAAGGAUAUGACAGUCGUCUAAAGGAUACAGGGGUAAGAGUAGAUGGAGGUUUUGUGGCACCGGAAUAAUGAUGCUGACGACGAUGUUUGAUUUUCACCCUAGCAUUUGGGAGUACCUUAGAACAGACACAACACUGCUAUACAUGUCGUGUGUCCAAUCUUUUUUGAUUCUUAUCGACCAUAUGGCUGAUUUUGGAGAUUGUAUUUCUCCCCGUGGAAGAUUAAUUGAGGAUAUAGAUUCUGGAGGCGGAAUUGUUGGCAUUCAAUCCAAUUUCUUGGAUUCUGCUGUUAAUUUCAGUCAAGACCAAAAUCUUCUUUGUGCAACAGAAUCUCUUUCUUUCGGGCCAACUGAACGUUCAUCUAGUUUUGAGACUGUACAAGUUUGUCAUGAUCCUGUUUCUGUUGAAACCAUAUCAGUGAAGGAAGCUGAAUUUUCUGAGUUGCUUGGUACAACUGUAUUUUCAGAGGAAGAAGCAUUUCAAUUGUAUAAUGAUUAUGCUUUUCGGAUUGGUUUUGGAGUUAGGUACUCUACUUUGAGAAAGAGGGAUGGUGGUUCUGGCUUUAGGGGAAGGGAGUUCUGCUGCACUAAACAAGGCUUAAAAAAAAACAAAGGCGUUGUUGGGAAGCAAUUCACAAAAGUUGACAUUCGUACUAAUUGUAAGGCACGAAUUUAUUUUGAGAUAAAAUCUAGCGGUGAGUGGGUUGUUGUCAGACACCUUAUGGACCAUAAUCAUCAGUUUUGUCCAAACUCAUUAGUUCAUCACGUUAGAUCUCAUCGUUCUAUUUCUUCUAAUGAGUUAGAUUACUUGCAUCAUUUGAAAAAACAAGGAGUCAAGAUAGCUGAUGGAUUUCGAUGUUUGCAAGCGGAAGCAGGUGGAUCUCCUUCGGUUGGUUUUCUCUUGCGUGAUGCAUAUAACGAAUUGACAAAACAGGUCAAGAAAUCUUUUGAUGGUUCUGAUGCCAAUACCCUGAUUAACAUCUUUAAGAAUAGGCAGUCAAAUGAAGAAGAUUUCUUCUUCUCUUUUGAGAUAGAUGUGGAUGGUUCUUUAGUCAGUUUCUUUUGGAGAGAUAAGAAAAUGAAGGAAGAUUAUCUAUCCUUUGGUGAGCUAGUUAUUCAUGAUACGACCUAUCGUACUAAUAAAUACGAUAUGAUAUGUGGACCGUUUGUAGGAAUUAACCAUCACACCCAUACAUGCAUGUUUGGUUGUGGAUUUCUUCUCAAUGAAAGAAUUGAAUCUUUUGAAUGGCUUUUCACUACUUUUCUGAAUUCAAUGGAUUUUGU